AUGGGUAUCCCAUCCACCAAGUGGCCACUGAGAAACUGGCAGACUUUAACUGCAUCACUCCAACACACACGUCCGGCAUUGGCCUAUGGUGUCCCCUGUCCCGAAAGGACUGUCUCUACCAUCUCUUUCGGCUGUUUCAGCGCUUUCAAAUGUUUCAGCCGUUUCAGUUUCAGCUUUAUACCGCGACCCCCACCAGAGACUCCAUGUGAGGAGAAACCAUGCAAGCAUCAAGACAAGUGCAUUCCAUUCUAUACAAACAACACCUACAAAUGUAUACCAGGUUGUGGUCAAGGGUGGCUACAGUUUGAUAACAACUGCUACUUCUUCAAUCAUGAUCCAAGUAAACCAGCGCAUUGGAAUGAUGCAGCUAAUGUAUGCCAGCUUCUCGGUGGCCACCUUGUUGAUAUCCGUAACGAAUAUGAAUGGCAGUUUGUGAAAAGCAAUCUUAAACGAGCGGGCGAUGCGUAUGCUCAGUAUAUCAUCGGCAUGACAGAUGCAGCAAGUGAAGGUCACUGGAAGUAUACCGAUGGCACUGCUGCCUCAUUCUUCAAAUGGAACGCAGGUGAACCAAGUGGAGGUACGAGUGAAAACUGUGGCAGUAUCUUUUCUGACGCUAACAUUGGUAGUUAUAAUGAUGGAUCGUGUACCUACAACUAUGGAAGGUUCAUUUGCAAGAAAGGUGCAGGACAGUAAAGCUACCGCAGGCCAGUGCAGUAGCUAGAGUAGAGGCUGAGACGCCCCUGGCCUUCUCGUUCCCCUUACUCCCUCACUGGUCCCACAUAUCAAAUUUAACACCGUCGGAAGUUGUUCGAGCAUGGCACUUUCGCUUCAAUUGAGCAUGAAAUUUGAAAUUAAGGAUUCCAAAGAAUACUUUUUUUUGUACACCAGAAAAAUAUUGCACAGUCACGCCUAUAAGCGUCAUUCUUUUCAUCUCAUUUCUUUUUGCACGUGUUUCUCAAGGGUUUUUCUAGUUGUGUUACUCAGACAAUAGCAAACCAAUCGCCGUUGCAGCAGUUUUCUCAAUGGAAUUAAAAUCUUGUCCCACAAACAACUACACAGUACUACAAGGAUAACGAGGCAAUUUUCUUUUAUUUUCUCGGGACAUGAAACAAUCAAAGCAAUCUAUGAUCAAUUUUCCGGGACUGAUCCGGAGAUCCAAAUUCUGAGAUAUUCUAGAUACUUUGUUGAGCUUGUAGGACAUAGCAAAGCUUAGCAACGGUAAGUAAGGGGAGUCGGAAUUAUGAAUAACCAGUUUCAAUACCUUUUUCCAUAUUGGUAUAGUCACCAUGACGACAAAUAUUUCAUCAAACCUUUUCCAUGAUUGUGUUUUCGUUUUCCGCCUGCAAUGGUUGAACCCCAUGUUCAAUUAAGGGGAUGAAUUUACGAAACAGGUCACGUGACUAAGUUGUUAAUAAGCAUUUAUUCAAUUUUUCCUAACUACGCUGGAAAAUAUUAAGUAUGAAGGGAAAAAAGUGUGAAGAACUCGACGCUAUUUGAAAUUUGUGUUUUUCUACCUUAAAGGUCACGUGACUGACUAAAGUCAAAAUACCAUGCUUAAAAUUUCGGGAAUAGACCCCUUGCAGUACUUUGGAACGCAGCUCAA